AUGGACCCGAAAUCACCAAAUCAGAAUAGUAUCAAAGUAAAAUUUGUCAUUAAACCCGAUGUAAGAUGUCUCAACGACCACAGCAUCUUAACAGUAUUUAUGGAUCUUGUAUCAUAUCACACAGAGAUUAUGCGGGCCUUGUACCUCAGAGAUGGAGAUGGCUCUAGGGACAUCCCAGGAGACUAG